AUGUACGCUUCAAGGCGUAUAUCUUCGCGUCGGUCUGCCCAGGUAUAUCGGCACCUCAUUAAAUCCCGACUUGUGACGACAACGGCUUCUACGGAAAACAACCAACUAGCUGCUCGACCACCAUUGCGAACAGCAUACCUGAAAGCAUGGGAACCUAUAAAGAAUGUGGCGGAUGUAUAUGCUCUUUUGCAAGCAUUAGAGCGCAAGUACGGCAAGGUAAUAGAUGCACAUUUCGCCAAGGACUUUGAGGACCCAAUGAGGAACCAAUUAAUUGCAUGGAUUAUUUUUGAAGAUCCCAAAUCUUUGCAACGCAUACCACCGGACGGCGCUGAUAUUGUCGUCCCUACCGCAAAUGUGACCUGCGAACAGCAUGAAAUCAGCUUAGCAGACCUCGAACCCCUUUCUCAGAGUCUAGACUACGAAAAAGAAUACGAAUUUCCGCCCACUUCGCCCGAGCAGAAGGGAAAAGUUAUUGGUUGUCGCGUUAGUCGCGCAGAAUUUGAUUACUCAACAAACCAGAAAGAAACUAUCUUCCAAGUAACACCAAAAGGCGUUGCUUUCUCCUUCCUCCGGUUUGGUGGUUUCCAUAAUUUAACCCCCCUCGACCUACCUCGAGACAUUGCUGAAGGUCAACUCUUUGCCAACCCUACCCUGGACAAUGUCCGCAUGCGGGCGGCGUUACAGCUAUGCUCAAACAUAACCGGACUUCCGAAUCCGGCCCUAGCGCAGAAAGAAAGACAAAAAUCGUCAUCAGCAGAAUCGUCUCCGAUUGCUGCUCUUCUGUUCGGCGAAGGCGCGUCAUCACAGGCCUCGCAAACCAACACUCCAUCACCGAUACCACCCAAACCGACGUCGACGAAAGCUGCUACAUCUAAACCCAAACAUGUGGAAGUUACACCCCCACCUCCUAAAGAAAAGGAUGCUGCUACUAUUGCUAAAGAACUGGCAGAUCAAGAAUCUUUAAAACGACAACUCGAAGUUGCAAGGCGACUAGCGCAAUCUUCAUCGACAGCGACGAGAAGAAAGCAGCCUAAACCACAACCAAAGGUAGCAAAACCUAAAUCCCCUCAAUUUUUUGCCGAUGAGUUCCUUCCUGACGAAGAAAACGCGGCGAAACAAAAAGUUGGCGUCCUGGACAAGCUGUGGGGCAUAUUCGGACGGAAAUGA